AUGGAACCAAUUGACGAAGAAGCUGAAUUUGAUAUUGGUUUUGAGGUUAACGGCAGUGAGACCGAUGUUGCUGAUGAUGUUGAUGUUUCAAUCAAUGGUGGAACUGACACAACUGGCACACAAGAAGGUGAUGAAGCAUCUCCUGCAAACAAAGGGGUGCGAAAGAAAAGAAGGUUAACAUCUUCAGUUUGGUAUCAUUUUCGAAUUCUACCUCAGAAACCAAAUGAAAAGUUUUGCUGUGAAUGUAAAAAAUGUGGUAAGAAAUACUUGGCUAGAAGUGAAAAUGGUACAGAAUUGGAUGAAUUAAACUUGGAAGAGUUGACCAGAGACAUAAUGAACUUGAAUAUCAACAAUGGUGGUGGUGUUCCAUUGAUUGAAGGAGGAAGUACUAAUACAACUUGA